CAGUCAUGAUGAUGGCUUGGUUUCAGCUUCUGCUCUUCACUUUCCUCUCCUUUGCUCCUCUCACUACACUCUCUCGCGCGGUACUUGGAGAAGAAGCUGAUGAUGGUGAUGAUGAGAACAUUCUUAAGGGGAUUUGUGAGGGUAUUGAUGAGCAGCUGAACAUUUGCAACAAGAAACUGUCUGAGAAAACGGAUUACAGCUUUGACCUGGAGAAUGACCUGUUUGCCCUGAAGGAGCAGCAGAGGGUGAUUAAGCUGUCAUGUAUAAAUGCCUCUCAGGCGUCCUCGCUGCAGGUGGCAGCUCUGCAGAAGCAGCUGGACAGCAUGUUACUGCAGCUCGGCGAGAAGACCUCAGGACCUGCUGAAGCCGUGUUAAACCUCCUGCAGGAGUAUGUAAAAGCUCAGAAGCUGGAGUUGGAGCUCUUAGUGGAGACGGAUCCGAAGAAGAUUGCAGAGAAACAAAAACAACUGCAGAAGCUGAAAAGUGAUAUGACGGAGCAGAGUGAAAACCUGAAGGACCUUGAGUGCGAAACAACCAAUAAUGAUAAGCUAGAGCUGAAGGUGUCAGAACUGGAAGGCCGGAAUAAGUAUUUGGAAGAGCAGUUUUCUAACACACAGGAGGAAUGUAACGACCUUCAGGAGAAUUAUGAGGAAAUAUUAAGUGGAUUGGAAGAUACUAAUUCAAACCUUAAGAACAUUGUGGAUGUUUUGUCACUGAAGCAGAAGAUUAGCGAACUUGAGGACAAAAUCCGAUCCGAGACGUCUGAGUCCAAGAGAACUGAACUGGAGAAUGAACUGAAAGAGAAGAAGAAAGAACUCGACUUGAAGAAACGAGACAACAAGGAUCCAGACAUGGACAAAAUUCUGACCAUAAUCUCCAAGUUAGAGGAGAUGAAGAAGCUCCAGGUGGAGAUGCUGGGUGCAGACAGUUCGCACAAAAUAAAAGAGAUGAAAGAUGAAGUGCUGAGACUGAUCUCUGAACUGGAUGACUCCAACGUGGCCAAAAUCGUGCUGAAGAACCUGGUCUUACUGACAGAUGAGUCUCAUUUAAAGAAACUCAUAUCAGACAUCAAACAGAAGACGGACAAACAGAUAGCAGACCUGCAGGAGGAAGUGAGGAAGAAGGAGGAGGAACUGAAGAAGAAGGUAACAGAGUCGGGAGAAGUCACCAAACUGAACAGAGAUAUCAGUGCUUUGAGAGAGGAAGUGAAGAACCUGAUGAAACAAGUGAAAGACCUGGAGAACACUUCUGCAGCACAGAUCAGAGAACUGGAGAAGCAGCUAAACAAGAAGAAGCAGGAACUGGAGAACAUGAACAACACUCUGAAGGACAAAAAUGCAGAGUUAGCAGAGAAAGUGUUGAAGAUCACAGAGCUCAUUGAGAAUCUGAAACAGACUAAAGAGGAAGCCAACAGGAGGAACCAGGAGGCUGCAGAAAAGAUAACAGAUCUCGAAACAAAGCUGCAGAAGGAAGAGGCAGAAGCUAAAAGACUGCAGGAGGCACUGAAGCGGGCGACAGAGUGUAUUGACCUCAAGAAUUCUUACAACCAACUGAAGGCUGAUUUUGAUAAAACAGUACUGAAGCUGAAUGAUACACUCAUUAAUCAAGUGUUCACAAUCCAGUCUCUAAACCAGGACAUAAAGAACCUAGAAGAUAAAAUCAGCUCUUCAGGAGGAAACGUUGAUGAACUGAAUAAGAAAUUGCAAGAGAAGAAAGAGGAACUCGAGGAGGCCAAACAGAAGAUCAAGAAAGCGAAAGGAGAAUCUCUUAAAUUUCUGAAAUUACUGGAGGAUCUGAGGAAGACGAACAGGAAGCAGGAGGAUCAUAUCAAGGAAUAUCUCACUAAGAUCAAGAAACUGAAUAAGAAAUUGCAAGAGAAGAAAGAGGAGAAUGCUGGAGCAGUUUAA